CCGUGAUGUCAUCGCGUCCUGCCGCCUAUAUAAUGCCCCCGCCUCCUCCAUGCCGUCUCUUCCAACAUGCUGCGACUGGUGGUGUCACUUCUUCUGGCUGCUGGGGCACUCGGCUGUGGGCUGCCCACCUACCCGGCCAACUCCCGUAUCGUGAAUGGGGCGAACGCCGCGCCGCACAGCUGGCCCUGGCAGGUGUCUCUACAGGUGGAAAUUUCUGGAAAAUUCCAACACAAUUGUGGGGGGAGCCUCAUCACAACGCGCUGGGUCCUGACCGCCGCCCACUGUGUGGAUGCCCCGCGUACGUCCCGGGUGGUUCUGGGAGAACACGAUCGUAGCGUGGAGGAGGGGGCGGAGCAAUACUUCCCUAUCGAUAAUGACAAGAUAUUUCUACACCCCAACUGGAACAAAUUCUGCCCAGAAUGCGGAUAUGACAUCGCUCUACUGAAGUUAUCCGGAGACGCUAAACUGAAUGACAAGGUCCAGCUUGGCUGCCUCCCCCCUGCGGGCCGCACUCUCUACAAUAACCAGCAGUGCUUUCUCACCGGGUGGGGGCUCCUCUAUGCUGGUGGUCCUCAGGCCAUCGUCCUCCAGCAAGCCGUCCUCCCGGUGGUGGACCAUGAGCAAUGCACCGCGCCGGACUGGUGGGGGAAUCUCAUUCUUCCAUCUCUCCUCUGUGCCGGAGGAUACGGCCAGGAAGCCUGCAGUAGCGAUUCCGGAGGACCCCUGAACUGCCAGGCGGAGGAUGGUAGGUGGUACAUCGAUGGCAUCGUCAGCUUCGGCUCAUCCAGGUGCGGCACUCUAAAGAAACCCACCGUAUUCACCCGCGUGUCUCUCUUCACCAGCUGGAUAGACGAGGUUAUCAUCAACCAUUGAUCGUCUCCUGGAAUCUGCUGGAUCCUAAAAAGAAGACUUUACCCCCCCCCUCAGCCCCUCCCCCACCACCAUGUCUGCCCCCCUUCAAUGUGGGAAAUAAAAUAA